AGUCAUCAGAAUCUGUCUACUCUUCCAUUAUCGUGGUCUUAUCGCGACUCUCUCUCUCUCUCUCUCUCUCGCGGCAGAAACUGAAGAAACAGUUUCUCUCUCUCCGUUUGCAUUAACAACAACACCUUGUCUAAUCCAAGUAGUAGUAGUAUCACAUGACUUCCUUUGAUGGACCAAAGUUCAAGAUGACCGACGGCACAUACGUUCAGACCAAAUCCAUCGAUGUCGGAUCGACAACAGACAUCUCCCCUUACCUCUCUCUCAUAAGAGAAGACUCCAUCACCAACUCAAACAGAGCAGUAAUCUUCGACGUUAACUGGGAAACAGAGACCAAACCCUCAAAGUGGAGUCUCUCAUCAGUGAAGCUGAGCACGAGAAACUUAUGUCUCGUCCUUAAACUCCCUAGCCCUCCUUUUCACGACAACCUCAAGGAUCUCUACCGUUUCUUCGCUUCCAAGUUCGUCACUUUCGUCGGUGUCCAGAUCGAGGAGGACUUGAACCUGCUCAGAGAGAACCACGGUGUUGUAAUAAGAAACGUGAUUGAGGUCGGGAAGCUAGCUGCGAAGGCUCGCGGGACUCUGCUGCUCGAGUAUCUCGGGACGAGAGAGUUGGCUCACAGAGUGUUGUGGUCUGAUUUGAGUAGGCUUGAUUCGAUUGAGUCCAAAUGGGAGGAGAGAGGGUCUGAAGAACGUCUCGAGGCUGCAGCUAUUGAAGGUUGGCUUAUCUUCAAUGUUUGGGAUCAGUUAUACGAGUGAGUGAGGUUCUACUACUUUUGUUUUGUGUCUUUUGUGAUCUUGUGACUGGAUCAAAGUGUCUUUGUGUAUGUUGUUUGGUAUGGAAUAAAACGAACAUUGCAUCAUUACUAACA